CUCGAGGAAGGCCAAGUGGAUGCAGAACCAGACCUACUGGAGUGCGUGAGCUCCGAUGGCCUCACCGAGGAGGCUGCCGGGGGGGAUGUCGGCGAGGAGCAGCCCCCCGCGUGGGAGCCAGCCACGGCCACAGACUGCCCCGCGAUGUCCGAGGAGCAGGAACACGAAGGUGCCCCUGGCACUGACCAGCAGAAUGACCAGGAGGAAGCCCUGGAGCAAGGGGAGAAGCCAGACUCAGAAGUGCUGGCUGUGGACUCCCAGGAGGCGGGAGAGGACCCCCACCAAGGCGUGGACACCCUGGAGGAGGAAGCGGCAGAGGACAGCUGCCAGAUCGUCCCUUUCGAGAGCGACAGUCUGGACGAGCUGGUGGCCGCACUGCCCGGAAGCCCCUACCCCUUCCUCCCCACCGAGAGCACGUCCUUCUGCAGUGACAGCUGCUGCCCGCCCGUGGCGUGCGGGGCUGGGGCCAGGCGGGACCCCGGGGCUGAUACCGCGUGUGUGUCCCUGCAGGGUGGCGCUGCGGAGGGCCCCCCGGUCCCUGACGUGGUGCUCGUGCCCGAGACCCCCGACGCUCUCAGCAACCCCUACGAGAUGGGCGCACCCGAGCCAGCCACCCCCGAGCAGCCCGGGGCCUGGGCCGGCGCCCCGGGUGGAAAAGAAGACGCGAACUCGGAUGCCGAGGGCAGCCUGGCCCCCCUCGACAGGAAGAACAUCAUGACGCGGGCCCGGCCGCACUCCGGGAAGCUGGCCGGCUGCGUCCCGGAAACCGUCCCGGAAGAAUCGGGGCCGGAGGCUGCCUUGUCGGGCCUGGGCCUCCGAGGCGGCCCCGAGGAGGCCAGGAGGCCCAUCCUGCCCGCGGAGGGGAAGCCGCCGGCGGAAGCGGGCCGGGCGCUGCCUGCCAAGCCCAGGCCCUUCCCUCUGUACCCGCGCUCGCUGUCCGUGGAGGGCCGGGAGCUCCCGGUCUCGGCCUUCCGGGAGCCCGAGGGCUGCAGCCUGGACGAGCGCUGGAUGCAGCGCAAGGAGGACAACCUGUCUCUGCCCUGCGUCAUCGGCUCGUCGGGCAGCUUCUCCCAGCGGAACCACCUCCCGUCCAGCGGCACGUCCACCCCCUCGUCCGUGGUGGACAUCCCCCCGCCCUUCGACCUGGCCUGCAUCACCAAGAAGCCCAUCACCAAGAGCUCGCCCUCCCUGCUGAUCGGCAGCGACCCCUCGGACAAGCAGGCCAAGAAGAAGAAGUCCUCGUUCAAGCGCUUCCUGGCGCUCACCUUCAAGAAGAAGUCGGAGAGCAAAGGGCACGGCGACGCACCCGGCUCCUCGUCCCGGUCCUCGUCCGAGUCCAGCUACCACGGGCCCUCGCGCCUCCUGGAGCUGGACCGCGGCAGCCUGGGGAGCUCCCCGCAGCUCAAGGCGCGGGCCGGCAAGCUGCGGGCCUGCGACUCGCCCUCGUCCCUGAUCUUCUGCCGGGACGGCAAGCGGAAAGGCGUCCCCUUCAGCAGGACCGUGUCCCGGGUGGAGUCCUUCGAGGACCGCUCCCGGCCCCCCUUCCUGCCCCUGCCCCUCACCAAGCCCCGCUCCAUCUCCUUCCCCAACGCCGACACCUCCGACUACGAGAACAUCCCGGCCAUGAACUCGGACUACGAGAACAUCCAGAUUCCGCCGCGGAGGCCCGCGCGGGCCGGCACCUUCACCAAGCUGUUCGAGGAGCAGAGCCGAGCCCUGUCGGCCGCCAACGAGAACGACGGCUACGUGGACAUGAGCAGCUUCAACGCCUUCGAGAGCAAGCAGCAGGGCGCCGACCCGGACGCGGAAAGCGCCUACACGGAGCCCUACAAGGUGUGCCCGGUGCCCACGGCAGCCCCCAGGGAAGACCUCACCUCGGAUGAAGAGCAGGGGAGCUCGGAGGAGGAGGACGGCGCUCUGAGGGACCCCAACCUCGCCCAUAAGGGAGAAGGCCAGUCCCGCGCCCAGGUCAUCGCCCAGGAGCUGCUGGCGUCGGAGAGAGCGUACGUGGACACGCUCCAGCGCCUGGACCUGGACUUCCACGGAGCUGUCCUGAGGGCCUUGGAUGAGAUGGACCAGGAAGGCAAGGACUCGCCUGGCCGGGAGGAGCUGCGGCGUGGCCUGGCCGAGCUCCCGGCACUCCACCGGCUCCACCGCGGCAUCUUGCAGGGGCUGGAGGCGAGGCUGCUGCACUGGGACAGCCAGCAGAAGGUGGCCGACAUCUUCCUGGCCCGGGCCGAGGCCUUCGGCCACCACACGGCGCACAUCCUGCAGUUCGACAGGUACCUGGGGCUGCUGGGUGAGACGUGCCUGCACUCACCCCGGCUGGCGGCCGCCGUCCGCGAAUUCGAGCAGCAGGGCCUGCCCGGAGGCGGCUCGGCCAUGAAGCACCGGCUGCUGAGGGUGGUGCAACGCCUCUUCCAGUAUCAGGUGCUGCUCACAGACUACCUAAAUAACCUCUGCCCCGACUCGGCCGAGUACGAGGACACGCAGGGCGCGCUGACCCUCAUCUCCUCAAUCACGGACCGCGCCAACGACAGCAUGGAGCAAGGGGAAAACCUGCAGAAGCUGGUCCACAUCGAGCACAGCGUCCGGGGCCAGGGGGACCUCGUCCAGCCAGGAAGGGAGUUUCUGAAGGAGGGGACGCUGAUGAAGGUGGCGGGGAGGACCCGGCGGCCCCGGCAUCUGUUCCUGAUGAGCGACGUGCUCCUGUACACAUACCCCCAGAAGGACGGGAAGUACCGGCUGAAGAACACACUGAAGGUGGCCGGCAUGAAGGUCAGCCGCCCCGUGAUGGACAAGGUGCCCUACGCGCUCAGGAUCGAGACCCCCGAGUCCUGCCUGACUCUGUCUGCAAGCUCCUGCGCCGAGAGGGACGAGUGGCACGCCUGCCUGAGCAGAGCCCUCCCCGAGGACUACAAGGCGCAGGCCCUGGCCGCCUUCCACCACAGUGUGGAGGUUCGAGAGAGGUUGGGGGUGAGCCUGGGCGAACGCCCCCCGACCCUGGUGCCCGUCACCCACGUGAUGAUGUGCAUGAACUGCGGCUGCGACUUCUCCCUGACCCUGCGGCGCCACCACUGCCACGCCUGCGGCAAGAUCGUCUGCAGGAACUGCUCGAGGAACAAAUACCCCCUCAAGUACCUCAAGGACCGGCUGGCCAAGGUCUGCGACGGCUGCUAUGGAGAGCUGAAGAGGAGGGGCGGGGACGUGCCCGUGCUGCUGAGAGAGCGGCCGGCCAGCAUGAGCUUCCCGCCGGCCUCAUACCGCCUGUCCAGCAGUGCUUUCUCAUCGGUCCUGCACAGCAUCAACCCCGCCGCCUUCCGGAAGCAGAAGAAAGUCCCGUCAGCGCUGACUGAGGUGGCCGCGUCCGGAGAGGGCUCGGCCAUCAGUGGCUACCUCAGCCGCGGCAAGAAGGGCAAGAGGCACUGGAAGAAGCUCUGGUUCGUCAUCAAGGGCAAAGUGCUCUACACCUACAUGGCCAGCGAGGACACUGUGGCCAUGGAGAGCAUGCCCCUGUUGGGCUUCACCAUCGCCCCCGAAAAGGAAGAGGGCAGCAGCGAAGUAGGACCCGUCUUUCACCUUUACCACAAGAAAACCCUGUUUUAUAGCUUCAAGGCAGAGGACACCAAUUCAGCUCAGAGGUGGAUCGAGGCCAUGGAAAACGCAAGCGUGUUAUAGCAGUUACUGGGUGUGUGGACUGAGGAGAAACUCUUAGUUGCGACAUGGACCCUUCUGGAAACCAAGCCGUGUCUCCACUGGUCUGGCCCACAUCUGGCUUCCGUGCGGAGCCGGGCCUUGUUUUGCUGUCACCUCUCCUGUCCCCCUUCCCAAGUGGACCCUACGGGAUAUUUAUGGACGGUUCCUCUUCUCUCUCGCGUCCUCCAUGCCACCUGCCACCCGCGGGCAUCAGCUGUGGCCUUAACCCAGCAGCGAGCUGGAGUGGAGACCAGCGCCAGAGGGAACUUUCCAGAAAGGUGGGCUGCUCCGGAGACGAGCUUGCCCGCCCUCCUCGCAGCGAACAUUCUCGCCUUCCCAGCUGUUGAUCGUGGUGCUCAGGUGACAGAGAAACCACCAGUGAAUCUCUCUCGUCAGAAGCACUUUAUUCAGAGUUCCCUGAGCUCCGGUGGCAGUUAGA